GCACUAGACCGAUUUGGAAUAUACAGUUGAAUCUGAUAUGCGAAGUCUGUUAAGUACUUUUAGGGGGGAUUUUUAUUGUCAACUCCCAGAGACUUGACGAUGGCUUCUGCAAAACCAAAACCUGCGUUGCUUAUAUUUUCCUCGCAGAAGAGCAAGUGUGAAUAAAAGUGACUAUGAGAAAUUGAUAGCGAUCGACUCUAAACACAAAUGACGAGAAAUAGUGCUUAACAGAUAUACUGCAAUAUGAAGUGCCUUUGCUUACUUAAUUUGAAAAGCAGUGCAAAACACACUGAAAACGUUUUACAACAUAAUGCGUUUUGCAUUUGAGAAUGAUAUGUGAUGUAGCAUAUUGAACGGCGCUAGUACCUAAUGCUCCACUCCUCGUGUCGGUCCUGAGGUCGUAAUGUUCCAUUGCUGGUGGUCCUGUAUGGAUUUAUUCUGCACCCGCUCGAAGCCUUUGAACCACGUGAGGGGUGUAUUGAAAAGCCCUGGUUAAAAGCAGUCAGCAUCACUCUCAGCUUGGCAUUGCUGCACACUAACAUGUAGAAAGCGCACCAGCAUUGUUUUCUAGGUAUGGCGUUAUGUGUGCGUUUAUAAUAUUUUUUCUCCUAUUUUAAUAUAUAUAUCUAUAUAUAUAUUAGUUGUCUGUUAAAAACGACCAUGGCUUGGCCAUGUAUUAGUAGGGUAUGUUGUCUUGCUCGUUUCUGGAACCAAUUUGAUAAAUCAGAUCUCUCAGUUCCACUGACCAUUCAGAAUUACUCGGAAAUCACCGAUCAAGACGUUCGAUCAGUCACAAAGCACGUCCCGGCGGACAGAUCUGUGAGGAACGAUUACCCUUUGACACCAGAUCACAGAGGAUCACCUACUGUUCAAGAUCCGGCGUUCAGGAGAUCGUGGAAGGGACGGAAAGAACCAAGUUUCAAACCUCGAGAGGAUUACCAGCCACCAGAUGUACCUUUUCAGACUGUGACCCAGUACAAACAGGACUUCAAACCUUGGCCCAUUCCGAAAAAAGAUAAUUUUCCGUGGACCAGCAAUGGCGGAAAAAAAGAUGGAUUUUCUGUCUCCCCGUCAGACAGUCCGGUUAAUCAGUACCCCCAGCCGGGAGCACAAAGAGCCGAGAAAGAAGAGAGAAACAGACAGCGAUGGGGAGCAGAGCAAUUAAACACAAUCAAAACAACCUCUAACAGAGAAGAAUUCCGCCCGUGGAUGGGUGCCAAACCAUGCAAACCAGUAAGAAAAAAGCCGUCUUACGUGCCUCCGAGCCCCGACGCUCCUCCAGAGACCAGCUACAGAGCAGCCUUUGGGGGAGAUGUGUUCAAGCAGAUGGAGACCCUGCAGGUGGACGACAAUAGCCAGCAGAGCACCUUAGCAGAAAAAUCUGAUCCUGCAAACAUAAGGACCAAGGGAGGGACCUCGGAGCCCAUGGUGAAGACCAGGUUAUCCCAAAACCCCUCUGCCGUGUUUCAAAGUGGAUCUCGCGUCUUCAACGUAUAGAAGGUUUUUGAACACUUUCUCUGAUUGUAAAGAACGACCCAGGAUGCUGUAUUUGUAUAAUGUACAAAGCUAAAUCUAUGCAACAGGAUGGAAGUUUUAAAAGGACAUUUCAUCUCGGGUGUGUAUACUGUUCAAGUGAUCGGAGCGAACAAAAGAAUUCCAUUAAUCUUACCUGUUGGGCACCAGUUGGUCUCAGUUGUGAAAGAAACACAUGGUAUAGUAAAGAUGAAUUUUCAUUUUAAAACGGGAUAUCUCAAGCUAUGCUUUCAGGAAGUGUUCCUCGUCAUUGGUCAUUUAAAGAGUGAAACUGUCCACACCCCUUCAAUAGCUGCUUUCACCCUGUAACAUGCUUUGACCCUGCUGAGGUGAAAUGACCCAGGAAGUGAAGCAGUAACUGACAUGCUGAGUCACAGAAAAUGAGAUAUGUUUUAAAAUGAAAAUACAUGUUUGUUGUAACUUGUGCUUCUUUCACACAUUUAAGACCUAUAUGAUGAAUGAAAGUGCACGGCAGGUUAGAUUUAUUUUGUUAGCAAACUUUACUUUUUUUUUUCUUCGUUGUUUUAACUUUUAAAAAAUACUUUUCCAAGCCACUGAAUAAUUCCAGUUUUCAUAGAUCAAAUAUGCAUGUAUUGAAAUGAAUUGUUUAGAAAGGCUUUUGCAAGUUUAGAUAAUUUUUUUGUGUGUUUUGCUGAACUGGAAUGAAGAUAUAACAUUUUGUACAUUACAAUGAUUUUAUUUACAGGAAAUCCACCAAGUUUUAAAGUAUAAAGCAGUUUAUGUACACUGAAACCUGUUUGAUAUGCUGUAUACCUUUUAAGUUUGCUAGAUUUUUAUUCAUGGGAACAAGUUAGGUAAUUGGCUGUUGUCUGUUUAAGUCUCUAAUGAGAAUGUAUAUUUAAAUAUGUGCUAUUUAAACAACAUGAAAUACAUUGAUUUAAUGUAAAAUGCCCCCUUUGUCCACUGGUGUUUUAGAUCAAAUAAAACAAAUGACAUUCUUAAAACA